UGUACAUAUUCUAUUGUCACUAGCGACCGCUUUGUGUCAGAGCCCAAGUGCACCACAUCUCGCCACGAUGAGACUCUCCCAACUACACUUGCUGUUUCUAGUCUCUAUCCUAUUGCACUGUUUCAGCGAAGAAGCAACGACGGAAAGGAAGCGGAGACCGCGACCAGUAACCGACACCCCGAAAAACGUCACUCAGCCAAAGUUGGAGUCAGUCAUCAAGACUAAAAGCAACACGUCACAUACAAACAGCAAACCCGAGCAAGCAGCCGCCUGUGUUGAAUCUACCAGAGUCUGCCACAAGGUUUCUCAGCGAAUCAACCUCGGAGACGUCGUUCCAGGGUCGAGGCUCGUCAUCAUUAGCCCCAAGUUUGCUCAAGUCGGUCUAUGCGUCGGCUCGUGCUCGUAUAGCAAACACGGUAGCUUGGCUUACAAACGCAAUCUUCGGAGUUUAUUCCUGGCACGAAGAAUCGCCUCGGUGUCGCGCCGAAGAGGCGACGUUGGCGGUUGUGUACCGACUCGACUCGGAAGCAUUGAUGCAGAGAUAUUCGUCGACGGAAUGGUGGUUCCGUACGUUCUCCACAAUAUGACGGUGGAGGAGUGCGGAUGCCUGUUGUAGUAUAGUUAGUUUCAACAGAAGCCAAAACGAGUAAGGGAGGAUUGCAGCUCUCUAGCUGUGCGUGUGUGUGUUGAUGUUUGCCAUGCCAGGCAUACAUAUGAGACACUGACCAGUAGCGUCAAUCUACGGUAGUUACAUAGUAGAGUGCACUCGUCUAGACAAAUAAAACUGUUGCAGGUUGUUGAAUGCUAAAACUAAUGAUUAUUCAGCCAGAACACUAUUGAACAUGUGCUCUAGUAACGCAAAUGACGUCUAAGUUAAUUAAUCAAGACGAUAUGAGACAA